AUGAAUCGCUCAAUCGGGAAGGGGAGGAAAAGAAACAGUGGAUGUGGAUCUGUACCUCUUGGCAAGGCGCAGGGAUGGGAGGAUGGGAUCCUUCUUCUCCAAGUCAAGGGCCUGGAGCAGAGUGGAGCAUCAUGGACACCGGAGGGAACGCCGGAGCAGAGCACCAGGGGCAACAGAAUGGGGAUCCUCAUCGCCGCUAGCCGUAUGCUUACUGUCAUCCAUGGCCUCUCCUUCGCAUUCUUCACUGCAGGGAGCGGCUCCACAGAGAUCUCAGUGCUCCCCUCCUCAUCAGCAGCGGAGGGCAAGCAGUGA